AUGAGCAGCGAGAACGGCCGCGUCGUCAUGAUCGUGCGCGCCGCUUCGCCCCGUCGCGAGAGCAACGAGCGUCUAGACAUCGCAGCCAAUACCGAGCAGCCGCUCGCGCUCUCCCUCGGUGUAAUGGAGGCCGAUUGGCGGCAGCAGCAGUUCCAGCGCCAGCGCAUGCAGCUCCUCAGUAUGGCGAUUUUCCUCUGUUUUCUCGUGCUUUUCUUCGACAACCGCGCCGGCGACCUCCGGACCAACGGCAAAAGUAGCAGCAGCAGUCGAAGUGGCACAACCACUACAGUUACUUCAGAGAGUAACACCAGUCGCUCGUCGAGUUCGACGCACCCGGUGCGGAACCGCUAUGCACUGCCUCUAAACGCAUUUAACGACACGGACCGCAUGCAGAAAGUCGAAGAGCUGGAGCGUCUGCUUCAGGUGCAAGCGGGUUACCGAGACAAGGAGCCACCCUUGAAUGUGACGGGUAUUUACUCUGGCACGUGGGACGCGCUGCGGCCGGAAGAUUACGACGCGUCCAAGUAUCAGUUCCAGGACAUUGUCCCGUACUUGAAAGUCGAUCGUGCCAUUCAGUUGCAGCAGUACACGCAGCCCGUGGAGACGGGGCACACGUGGCUGUUUCUCAAGAUGAAGGUGCCUGCGUCAAAAGAGUUAAUGAACGAGGUAGCCUACGUGACGGGGCAGCUGGUGAUUUACGAAGAACAGGCAUCACUUGCAGCAACCAUUCUUCCCGUACAGGGUGUGUUUUUACGAAACUUAGGCACAUUGACACUGUUCGGCAACAGUCCGGACUCGAGUGUGCAGAUUCUGUAUCGGAGAGAGGAUGGUGGAUGGAUAAACGGGACGCAGAGGGAGACGGGUAUGCUUGCUGCCGGGUUGGAGGAUGCGGAGGAAGAGAGCGUUGUAAAGGAGGAUGCAGAUGGGAAGGUGGAUUCGGAAAGCUUGCCACGGCAACCUAGAGCUGAGCUCAUGAAUGUCGGGUUGCUAGAUGGUGUGCCGACUGUCGAGAAUCGAGAUGAGUAUGCGGCAAUUGAUAUUUCGCCGCCACGGCAUUCGUUUGUGUCGCGGUUCCGAAGCAGCGACUCGUUUAGUGACCAGUGCGUGAGCAUUAUUGAAAUGACGUUGGUGAAUGAUACGAGUAAACCUGUGGGGAAGGAAGGAGAGGUUGAUGAGAAGGACGAUGCAGCAACAGCGUUGCAAAAGUCGAUGCGCCAUAUGAGGCUAGAAGGAACGCUAGCUAGUGUGAAUUGCGGACUGUAUUUGAAGCUGGACACGACAUUUCAGGAGGAGAAUCUGAAUGUGUUUUUCGCCAAGGCAUCUCGUUACGCUGUGAUCAUGACGUUUGUAGCAAUGGCCGAAAUUUAUUUUCUGCUGCGACAGUUGCAAGUAUCGAGCACACAAGCUACAGCGGCAAAGGUGUCGUUGUUGACAAUCGGACAGCAGGCAAUCGUGGACUCAUACUUGUGUUUAGGCCACUUGACCUUGGGCAUUGUGGCGCAAAACGUGUUUGCCGCAUUCGCUUCUGUCGCGUUUGUGAAGCUUAUUAUUUUCUCGGUGUUCGAGAUGCGAUAUCUGCUCAUCAUCUGGAAAGCGCGAAGACCCCAGGGUUUUUCCGAAGGCUGGCUCACGCUUCGCCGUGAGCUCACGACGCUUUACUCGCGUUUUUACCUCACCUUGCUGGUCGGGCUCUGCAUUUUUUACAACUUCUCGAACCACUUGCCUGUGCUAGUGUUUGUCUGCUACUCCUUUUGGGUCCCCCAGAUCGUUCACAAUGUCCAUAAGGAGGUGCGAAACGCGUUUGAUUUGGGAUACCUGUAUGGCAUCAGCGCACUACGCUUGUUCUUGCCGCUAUACUUCUAUGGCUGCCCAAACAACUUUCUUACAGCCUUUCCCAUGUAUGAGCGCAAGAUGAGCCCACACUUUUGCUACGUACUGACAGCGUGGGUGGGUCUGCAAGUGGGUAUUUUAUCGCUGCAGCAGAGAUAUGGCCCCAGAUUCUUCAUCCCUGCACGAUUUCUGCCCGUCAAGUACAAUUACGAACGGCGGAUUGAUCUGCAGCAGCUGACACUGCUAAAGGGCGGUGACGAUUCUAUCGACUGUGUGAUUUGUAUGGUCGAGCUUGACAUUGAAGCGCGUGACUAUAUGAUUGCGCCGUGCGAUCACAUUUUCCAUUGCGAAUGCCUGCAGGGCUGGAUGGAAGUCAAGAUGGAGUGUCCAACAUGUCGGCAUGUCCUCCCUGAGCCUUAA